UUCAUUUAUUUAGAUCGAUAUUCGAGAACGAGUAGUAGGAAGUCAGAGUGUUGAAGACUGCAAGUUUCCAAUGGUGUUGAAGAAGCAAAUAGUGUCUAAUCCAUUACGGAUAUCUGUACCUUCAAAUUCCUUAUGGGCGUUUGAUGUCUUCUUAAGUUGUGACCUUGAAGACAUUUUCUGCUUUCACUUGUUCGACAAAUUGCAGUCUAGAGGAAUUUGUACUUUCCAGGAUGACCAGGAAUGUGCAAGAAACACAAGACCUCUUGAAAUCUUUGGUGCAAUUGAAGAUUCGAGGUUUGCCAUUGUUGUUCUCUCACAAAACUAUGCUUCUUCUUCCCGGCGCCUGAAUGAACUUUCUAAAAUUCUCGAGUGCAUGAAAGAUAGGAACAGGAUUUUGCCCAUAUUUCAUGAUGUGAAUCUCUUCGACGUCCAAAAACAAAAAGGGACUAUUGAGAAAGCAUUUGAUGAGCACGAAGAAAUGUUUCGGGAUGACUUGGCUAAGGUUGAAGCCUGGAGAGAUGCUUUAACCAAUGUCUGCAAUUUUGCUGGAUGGACUUCAACUGACAGGAAUGAAGCACAAGUUGUAGAGGAGAUUGUGGAAGCACUCUGGAACAAACUGCAUCCGACAUCUACACACACCCCAGUCGCAUUCGCUAGCAUAAAUGUUAUUGAGGACAACCGUAAUGGUAGCGGCAAACAUCUGAUGCACAGUACAGAUGUGGCGGCUACUUCGGUAGAGUGGAACUUUUUGAUCACUAACCUUGGCCUAGAGAUUUUGUCAGCUGCAUUUGAUCAGGCUUCCUCCCCAAAUGUGGGAUUUCUCCUCUCCAACAUUUGGUUGGUUCAACACUAUGGAAGAAGUACCAUAAGAGUAACACAUACAACACCCACCUUGCUAGCUAGAUAGUUUUACAGCAAAGGAUGUUUCUUAUCAGACCGGUACUGGGUACAUCGCCGCUGUUAGUGAAGAGCUACCCGUCUUUCCGUUUCAUUAAGUUUUGUUUUUGUUUGUAAUGGAGUCUAGUAUUGACAGAACCCUACAGAAAUUUGAUCAUUACAGAAACUGUGCUGAGAGGAGUACGUUUGACAUCCUCAUGAAGUUUGUGAAUGUUAUAUUACUUGGCAAUUUAACUUGAAUAUCUGUUGCAUAUACAUAUCAGAACGAAUUCAAAUGGAUACCGAUGAUAUAUGUGAAUCAAUGAAGAUAUGCUGGGGUUUCCUUUCUGCAACUGCAAGGUCGAUGUACGUUUUCAAUUCUUAAACUUAAUUGAUGAUUUUAGAGCUCUUCAAAUCAUCCUCGUUUUGGCUAAAACUAAAAAAUUGGAUUGCCAAAUUCAGAGAAUUCUGUACUAAUUCACCGAUCACUCCAAAACCCCACUUGAGUAGUAUCUUUACCUCAACCUUAUUCAAUGACUCGAUACGGUUAAACAGGGUAAAGAUACGGUGCUAGUAUCUUUACCGUAUUUGAGUCUGAUACGUUAUACGAUCGGCCAAAAAUCGUAUUCGGUCAUGUCACGUUUUUUACUAGUGAAAGGUGCCAGGGAUCCAAUUGUGAGAGUAUAAAAAGUCAAAAAAGAUAAACAUCUCACUCAGCCGCCGCCGCCCUCUCCGUCAUGUAUCCUUCCGCCACCACCGUCA